AAUUUGAAAACCACUGGAAAGCUUAAAAAAAAUGUUAACUUUAAAGGUAACAUGAAUUGCGUCCGGGUUAGGUUAAAAUCUAACGCAAUUCACUCAGAAAGGUUCGUCUACAUGUUUUAGUAGUUUAGUACUCAAUUCGUGAGCACCGCGAGGACUUGGAGAUUGGAGAAUAACGAGAAUUAUGGAUUUGACGAUGGGCAAUUUAUGAUUUAUUUUAAUAUUAUAGUCUAGACGUUCAUGCCUUAAUGAAAUAUAAAAUAAAAAAGGAUGGCCAAGUGCCAGUACGAAAACUUCGCUGACCGGGUAGCUGGUUUAUGUCUAGAGAAAUUUGAUCAGCUGCCGGGCAAAGGCAAACCGAUGUCCGGUAAAGAGUGGACGCUCUUGUCCGGCGUUGUACAAGUAAUUGAUGACUUGGGUCCGCCGAAAGUCGUCUCACUGGCCACUGGCACUAAGUGUAUUGGCGCCGGUAAGCUCUGCGAUAAAGGCACUGUGAUCAACGAUAGUCAUGCCGAGGUUUUGGCGCGCAGAGCUCUGUUGCGGUAUUUCAUCCAGGAAAUCGAAUCUGCUCACAAAAGCCGUCCGUCAAUAUUCGUGCAUGCAGAAGCAGCACUUGAAGAUGAUGAUUGUAGCUCAGAAAAUCGUUUGGUUACCGGUAGUCCUAUGAAGUUGCGACCCGGUGUGUCUUUUCACUUUUUCUCUAGUCACACGCCGUGUGGCGACGCGUCGAUAUUUCCAAAAGACGGAGGCAAACGGAUGGCAGUGGAUGGCAACGGCAUAGAACCGGACGCAAAAAGACGGAAAACCAACGACAAUGACAAUGCCAAUGACAUACACAGGACAGGAGCUAAAUGUCUGAGCGUAGAGACCAGGCAGGACCCUCGACUUCCAGGCGCGGCGUAUCACGCAGUCGGAGCGGUCCGAACCAAGCCGGGUCGAGGAGACCGAACACUAUCCGUCUCGUGUAGCGACAAAUUGCUUAGGUGGUGCUCGUCGGGUAUACAGGGAGCCUUGUUGUCACUGUUCGUCGAACCGGUAUACUUGUCGUCGCUGACUAUUGGCGGUGGUUGUCCGUACUCUGAAUCGGCCUUACGUCGGGCCGUUAUCGAAAGGGCAAACUACUCCGACGACGAAGACGCUCGAUCGCCGUCAAUCCCACCGCUACGGCUGGCGCGUUCUGCUUUGGAGUUCGAAUACGCCAAACACCGAGUAGCCAUAGACUGUAAGCCAUGUCCGUCUAGUGUGGUAUGGUGGGAAGACGAUUACGGUGAUGGAGUGGUAGGAGGCACGAACGUGUCAGGCGGUCGUCACGAAGUGUUGGUGAACGGUCGCAAACAGGGCGCGACGAAAAAGGCAGUAGACGGAAAGGCAACUGGUUCUUCAGCGCUGUGCAAAAAGUCGCUGAUCGACGCGUGCCGGCAUUUGUUGGCUAAUGAUAGAGAUAUCACUUACGCUCAGAUAAAGUUACAGGCUACAUCGUAUCGUGAUCGAUGGACAGCUGUUAGGCGUCGGUUAGGUUUCUGGACGGUUAAACCAGAAGGUUUAUCGGACUUUACGUGACGCGUGAUAAUAACCAACAAUUUUUUUGGCACCUUUAAAUUUCAUUGGAUUGAACUUUUGGCGUGCGAGUAACGUUUUUUUGACUCGGUGGUCUUUGGUUGGUCUGACUGACGGUAAUUUCAGUCAAUUUUGUUUACUAUUGGUGUUAACGUUUAAAAACUAAAUAUCUUCUCAGUUCUCACAUUUUUUUCCGUUAUUAAAAAAAAAAAUUAAAAUGAUUAAUUAAAGAAAAUGUAAAUGAAAAUGUAUUUUCAGUAGUGUUAACACCAAUUUUAAAAUAAUUAAUAUAAAUUAUGUAUACUGACUAUCUCACGGAUAAAAAAUCAGUAGCUUCAUCAAUCACCACAUAAACAUUAUUUUGCUGUGAUAAAUAAAAGGUAAUUGAAAAAAGUAAAACGCCAUCAUAAUCAGACAUAAAAAAAAAAUUGAAAAAAUAUCUACAUAUAUAAGAUACUGAAUGUAUUACUGUUUACCAUAUUAUAUUUUAUACACUAUAUGCAGUCGAUAUUUUCGAAAAAUGUAUUAGAAAGUAUAUUAUGACACAAAAUAUUAGAUACUGUAUUAUUGUAUUACCUACCUUAGAUAUAAGAUACAUUUUUGUAAAUAAAAGUGAUACAAUAUCACAUGUACUCAUUGAAUUAUAGUCGUUUAUAUUUACUUAAUUGAUGUAAUAUUAAAAAUAUAUAUUUGCAUUUUUUUACUACAAAUGAAAUGUGUAAAGAUGUUAUGUUGAAUUCUUAAUUAUUACCUUAAAAACUUAAUUAGUAUAUUUCUUGAUUGCUUUUUAAAUUAGGAAUAAGCUUUUGAUCAUAGGGUAUAUUGUUAGUUGGAGAUUGUUUAAUGGUUCUAAUGCAGAAAUAACCAUUUGGAUGGAUCUUUAUAUAGCUGUACAAACAAAUAAAAUAAAAUAAAAAAUAAAAUUUGUCGAAAAAUAGUUGAUCAAAAACAAUAAGUCAACAAUAAUAAAAUAUUUAAUUUAGAAUGAAUAAGAUAA